UUAUUUUAAAUAAUUCAUUAAUUUUGAUCCUUAUCUCAAUUCUUACUUAAAUUCAUAAGGGUAAAACAGUCAUUUACUACCACUCUCCAUCUUCCCUUAUAUAUAAGGACACCCCUACUUUUCUUUGUUUACCAUUGAUGUGCCUUCUCACUACUCACUUCACUCUACAUUUUCACUUAAAUAUGAAAGUUAGUUAUAUUUUUUGGGCCGUUGUAAUGACCGUUACAACGGUAGUUAGUGGUUGCCCGCCAUCAGACCGGGCAGCUCUUUUGUCUAUAAAAGCUGCCCUUCAUGAACCGUAUUUGGGUAUUUUUAAUUCUUGGACCGGAUCCGAUUGUUGCCGUGGGUGGUACGGUGUAAGUUGCGACCCGUAUAUUCAUCGGGUUGCCGACAUUAACUUACGGGGUGAAUCUGAGGACCCGAUCUUUGAACGGGCCCACAGAACCGGGUUCAUGACCGGGUCAAUAUCCCCGGCUAUUUGUAAGCUAGAGCGACUUAGUAGUCUCACUAUUGCUGAUUGGAAGGGGAUCUCGGGUGAAAUCCCGGGUUGUAUUACCUCACUACUGUUUAUUCGAACGCUCGAUUUAAUUGGAAAUCGGUUCUCGGGUCGGAUACCGGGUGAUAUUGGUCGUUUAAAGGAGCUCACGGUUUUAAAUUUAGCUGAUAAUAGUCUUUCGGGUCCAAUUCCACGGUCUAUUGUUAAUUUGGGCCGGUUAAUGCAUUUGGACCUAAGGAAUAAUAAGUUAUCUGGUGAAUUACCAAGGGAAAUGGGUAAGCUCCAGAUGAUGAGUCGGGCUUUGUUAAGUGGUAAUCGUCUUAUUGGGCCGGUUCCGGUCUCGUUAGCUAGUAUUUACCGCCUUUCGGAUUUGGAUCUUUCUUUAAAUCGGUUAUCGGGUUCAAUACCCGAUAUGUUCGGGAAAAUGCCGGUUUUGGCCACGUUGAACCUUGAUGGUAAUAUGUUUUCGGGUCAAAUACCGAAGAGUUUGUUAAAUUCGGGUGUGAGUAUAUGUAAUUUGAGCCGAAAUGCUUUGGCGGGUCGGUUACCCGAUUCUUUCGGGCCGAAGUCUUAUUUUAUGGUUUUGGAUUUGUCUCACAACCGGCUUAGCGGGCCAAUACCCAAGUCCAUAUCCUUAGCAUCCUACAUUGGGCAUUUGGAUUUGAGCCAUAACCAACUUUGUGGGCCCAUUCCAGCCGGGUCUCCUUAUGAUCACCUUGAAGCGUCGUCGUUUGCUUACAAUACCUGUCUAUGUGGCAAGCCACUUAGUAAAAGAUGUUAAGAGUAAAAAAAAAAUUCACUAAGCUACUUAGGAAUUUAUAUAUAAGUGUUUGUGUGUGUUUAAUUAUGUGUGUAACUUGUCACUGAAAUUAUGUAUCAAUAGUCGUUAUCUUAAAAUCAUUAGUUCAUUUUUUCCAUAAUUUGAUACUACCUCCGUUUUUUUAUUAUGUGCAACGAUUUAACAUAAAAUAGAGAGGGAAAAUGUCUAAUCGCUGCAAAUAAUAAAAAACGGAGGUAGUACAAGAUUUUAAGAUCUUUUGUA